AUGUCAAUGCAAUUUGGGGUUAUUGUGAAAGGGUGUUUCUGAUGAAUGUUUAUUAAAAUGAGAGAAAAGGAUGUAUUUUGGUUUAUUAGGUUUCUCGAUUUAUGUAGUUUUUGAGUAAUAUGAAAACAAUAAACGUUAUCAUCUGAUAUUACUAGAAAAAUAACCAUGUCUCGUCAAAUGAAUCAAAAUGAACGGAAACUUUCCGAAAAACUAAUUAUCCUCAACGAUCGAGGAACGGGCAUGCUGACAAGAAUAUAUAAUAUCAAGAAAGCUUGUGGAGAUGCCAAGUCCAAACCCGGAUUCCUGUCUGACAAAAAUUUGGAAUCGUCAAUCAAGAGCAUUGUGAGAAGAUUUCCAAGUAUUGAUGUUAAAAGUCUGGCUCCCAUACAAAAUUUGAGAAACGAAAUAAUCAAGUCUCUUUCUUUGUAUUAUUAUACUUUUGUGGACUUGCUGGAUUUCAAGGAUCAUGUCUGUGAACUCUUAACAAGCAUGGAUGCAUUCCAAGUGGACUUGGAUAUAACAGUAAAUUUUGAGUUGACUAAGCACUACUUGGAUCUUGUAACUACUUAUGUAUCCCUCAUGGUUUUAUUAUCUCGUGUGGAAGACCGAAAAGCAGUUUUAGGACUGUUCAAUGCAGCUUAUGAAAUAGUUCAUGGCUCUCCUGAUCAGAGCUUUCCUAGAUUAGGUAGCAUGAUAAUGGACUAUGAUGUUCCGUUCAAAAAAUUGUCAGAAGAAUUUGUUCCUCAUUCAAGACUUUUGGCCCAAUCAUUAAACUCAUUAAUACCCAUUUACAUACCCAGGAAUGUUUCAGCUGACAAAUGGCGAUCAGAUCAGAAAUUAACUCUUGUGGGAAACCCAUCUAUGUUGUUGAAACCGGUGUUAUCUGAUAAAAUGUCUUGCGAAUUCCUGUCCCUAGAUACCAUGGAAAAGUGGGUGGUAUUUGGCUUGCUUUUGAUACACAAUGUCCUUCUACAACAAGACCAUUUUAACAAACUCUUUUUAAAUGCAUUAGAGUCUUCUUGGGUGAUUCCCCUUUUUAGAGAUGAAGUGGUAUACAUUCACCAAUAUAUCACUUCAUUUUUUGAUACUUUGAAGGGGUAUAGUAAAAGAAUUUCUGAAGUUAAAGAUGCUUACAAUCAUGCAGUUCAAAAGGCAGGUUAUAAUCAUCGUGAAAGACGCAAGUUUUUACGUACUGCUCUAAAAGAGUUGGGCUUGAUUUUCAUGGAUCAACCAGGCUUACUUGGUCCAAAAGCUUUGAUGGUGUUUAUGGGUUUGUGCUACUCUAGAGAUGAAGUAUUAUGGUUAUUACGUCACAAUGAUAAUCCACCAACACAUAAAGUUAAAGGAAAAUCCACAGAGGAUCUUGUGGAUAGGCAUUUACCAGAGCUCCUCUUCCAUAUGGAAGAUUUGAGAGUAUUGGUGAGAAAGUAUAGCCAAGUAAUGCAAAGAUAUUAUGUUCAAUAUCUGUCACAUUGGGAUGCCAUCACAUUGAAAGAAAUGAUGCAGAAACUGCAAUCCUGUCCCGAAGAUGAAGGACUCAUUCUUUCUUCUUUGUGCAGUACUAUAGCCAAUUUAUCGGUUAAGCAAGUUGAAGAAAAUGAAACGUUCAACUUUUUUGCUUUCCGCUUAGACUGGUUCAGGUUACAAGCAUACACUUCAACUGCAAGGUCAACUAUGAAACUUAUGGAUAAUAAAAAUCUUGCCCAACUUCUUGAUUCCGUUCAGUUCCACACUAAAAUGGUCGAUAACUUGGAUGAAAUGCUGAGAGAAACAUCAGACUUAUCAAUAUUUUGUUUUUACAAUAGAAUUUUUGAAGAUCAGUUCCAUAUGUGCCUGGAAUUUCCUGCACAAAACCGGUAUAUAGUAGCUUUUCCAUCAAUUUGUAGUCACUUUCAACAUUGCACACAUGAACUUUGUCCUGAAGAAAGACACCAUAUUCGUGAAAGAAGUCUUUCUGUUGUCAAUAUGUUCCUCGAUGAAAUGGCAAAAGAAGCUAAAAAUAUCAUAACUGCGAUUUGUGACGCACAGUGUAAAAUGAGUGAUAAGCUUCUCCCAAAGAACUGUGCUCACUUGAUAUCUCAACAAAUAAACAGAAAAAAGAAGGAGAAAAACAAGAAAAAUGCGAUUGAAUUCGAAAAACCUGGUAAGGAAAGUUAUAGGAAAACUAGAGAAAACUUAACCACAAUGGAUAAGCUACAUAUGGCAUUAACCGAACUGUGUUAUGCUAUAAAUUAUUUCUCAAACAUUAACGUUUGGGAAUAUACGUUUGCCCCGAGGGAAUAUUUACAUCAACAUUUAGAAAACCGAUUUGCAAAAGCCCUGGUUGGAAUGGUUAUGUUCAACUCUGACACAAAUGAAAUUGCCAAACCAUCCGAGUUGCUUGUUUGUGUUAGAUCUUAUAUGAAUGUGUUGCAGACUGUUGAAAACUAUGUUCACAUUGACAUAACUCGGGUUUUCAAUAACUGUCUUUUGCAGCAAACACAACCAAUUGAUAGUCAUGGAGAAAAAACAAUUGCCGCUAUUUACACACAGUGGUACUCAGAAGUACUGUUGAGGCGUGUCAGUGGUGGUAAUAUAAUAUUUUCCAUGAAUCAAAGGUCUUUUGUCAGUCUAACAGGUGAAGGAUCUGUACCAUUCAAUCCAGAGGAAUAUUCAGAUGUUAAUGAACUGAGAGCUCUUGCAGAAUUGAUAGGACCUUAUGGUAUGAAGCAGUUGAGUGAAACUCUGAUGUGGCAUAUAGCUAGUCAAGUGAUUGAGCUCAAAAAAUUGGCUGAAAUGAAUAAAGAUGUCCUUUUGUCUUUACGUACCAAUUUUGACAAGCCUGAAAUCAUGAAAGAACAGUUCAAGAAACUCAGCAAUGUUGACAAUGUUCUGCAAAGAAUGACCAUUGUAGGGGUUAUAUUGAGCUUCCGACAUCUAUCACAGUCUUGUUUGACAGACGUUUUAGAGCAAAGAAUACCAUUUUUAGUAAGUUCUAUUUUGGAUUUCAGACAUCACCUACCAAGCGGUGAUCCAAUGAAAAUUGUUAGUGAGAUGACUUCUGCAGCAGGUUUAACCUGCAAAGUAGAUCCUACUUUAAUAUCAGCCCUUAAACUCCAAAAGCAAGAAACUGAAGGUGAGAAUGAGCAUCUUCUGGUUUGUUUAUUGAUGGUAUUUGUAGCAGUUUCCAUUCCCAGACUUGCAAAGUCGGAACAGUCAUUCUACAGAGCUUCUCUUGAAGGCCAUACCAAUAAUAUCCAUUGCAUGGCGUUGGCUGUAAAUAAUAUUUUUGGAGCCCUGUUCACGAUUUGCGGACAGGGUGACAUUGAAGAUCGUAUGAAGGAAUUUUUGGCUCUGGCUUCCUCUAGUUUAUUGAGAUUGGGUCAGGAGGCAGACAAGGAGGUAAUCAAAAACAGAGAGUCUGUGUAUUUAUUGCUUGAUCAGAUAGUUCAAGAGUCACCCUUUUUGACAAUGGAUUUAUUAGAAUCUUGUUUCCCUUAUGCGCUAAUUCGAAAUGCUUAUCAUGACGUUUAUAAGUUGGAGCAAAAUAUGUAAGAUUUUUACAUUGUAUAAUACAUUUCAUUAAUUCAAUAUUAUUAAUAGUACAAAGAUUAAA